GCGCCGACCGCGGAGCUGUGAGGCAGCCCCGUCCGGGGCUGGGGGAAAGGAGGCUGGGGCGCAGCAAGCCACUUCCCUCGGGCUGCCAGGCGAGGAGGCAGCGUCUGCAGGUAUGAACCACUGUGUCCUGUAAGAUGUAUUUUGCUGGCUCUUAUCCUUGAAGAAUGGCUGCCAUGUCUUGUGCAAAUUGUUCCCUUCAAUACUACAGCCAACUCAAUCAACCUCUUGAAGCUAGCUGUAUGCUGCUCCUGAUUAUGCUUGGAAAAGUGUCACUCAAUCUCUUCAUGUUGCGAGUUAGAAGACGGGAUGUAAAACAAAGUUUUAUGGGAUAUUUCUGUAUUUCACUGGCACUCCUUGACUUCACACUUCUGGUGAAUAUAGCUUUCAUCUCCUAUUUUGAGAACUUUGCACUUUGGGGUGUGAGAUUUACCAAGUACCACAUUUGUCUAUUCACUCAGAUAAUUUCCCUUAUGUAUGGUGUCUUGCAUUACCCAGUUUGUCUUGUGUCUGUUCUGGAUUAUUACAUGACUAUAGCUCAAACCCCUAAACCUGCUAGCAUAGGUCAAAGACUACUUUAUAUACUUGCUCUGGUUUUUAUAUGGAUUUCAGUCCUCUUUUAUAUUCUGAAAGUUCCAGCUGUCUCUGCAGAAUUAGAAAUACAGAACCACUUUUUUACAUGCCCUUUCUAUAUCAGUGUUCAGAGCUACUGGCUAUCAUUAACCAUCCUGUUUGUUAUAGGUGUGGCUCUUGUGAUUUGUUGGUCAGAAGUUAUAACUAUGGUGCGGUCCGUCCGGAUUAUUUCCUUUACAAGUGUGACUGUUUUAAUCUUUUCAUAUGCAUCUGACUGCGAUUGCACUGUCUGUAAAAAGCAGCUUUUGACAAGACUCCUCAUCUGCUUUCUUGGCACCUGGACACCUUUUGUUUUCCUUCAGAUGAUCAUCUUGUUGCUUGGUGCUCAGAUUCCAGCCUACAUGGAGAUGAAUGUCCCCUGGCUAUACUUCAUAAACAGCUUUCUAAUCGCAACAGCAUACUGGUUUAGGUGUCAUGACAUUCAAUUGACAGAGGGGAUGUGGUCUGCAGAUCCAUUUGUCAGCUGGAAAUUCUGCUUCAUCCCAUUUAACAAUCAAAAUACAGAGCAAGCUGAAAAGCCAGGCACAGUAAUCAUCUGUUAAUGAACUGCUGUGUGAAAAGAAUACAAAUAAGUGCUGUGCAUCAGAGGUGUCUGACUAUGCUAUUUUGAUGUCCCCUGUGAACACAUGUAAAUGGAUUAUACAAGGAAAUUCCUCAAACUACAAUAUGAAGAAAAAUUCACCAAAAUUCUCCAAUGUAUAAUGGAAUAUUGCACUAUAAUGUGGAAUACUGCACUGUUUUCCAAGCUACACUUCACAUAAAAAUGGGUGCUUAACGCACAAAAUAUUUUAAUGGAAUGUGUUAUAUUUUCAAAAUAUAGUUGAAAAUAGGUAUAUAAAAAUGUCCAAUACUUCUGCAAAAAACUGCCUGAUUUUAACAUUAAAUGCUAAUAAACAAAGUUGAGAUUGUUUAAAAUAAAGCAGGUCUGAUGCAUGAACUUCCAUAUAAAGAAAAGAGAGGAGUAAAAUCUUUAGCUAAACUUGAGACUUCUACAGCUAUGGACAAGUAUUAUUUAUUGUCAAAUGUUUUAGCUUUAAACACCUCCUUUAUAAUUUAUCAGUUCUAAAAAAGUUUUACUAUUUCCUAUUAAAAAUUGAAGUUUCCCUCUUUGCUUAAGGAAAAAGAAACUGUCUAAAAGGAAUGGAUAUAACUUUUAAUAUCAUAUAAACUAUGUUUAAAACUGUCCACAAAAAAGGAAAGGUGGGUGAGGUAAU